UUUCGCAGGCGCGCGCUGCACGGAUGCUGGAGGCGCUCGCCGCGCGCCCUGCUCCCCGCCACCAUGUCCAACCCUCCGCACGACCCGUUCUACUCGUCGCCCUUCGCGCCGUUCUACCGGAGACACUCGCCGUACGUGGUGCAGCCCGAGUACCGGAUCUACGAGCUCAACAAGCGCCUGCAGUCCCGCACCGAGGAGAGUGACAAUCUGUGGUGGGAUGCAUUCGCUACAGAGUUUUUUGAGGAGGACGCCACGCUGACCCUCUCCUUCUGUCUGGAGGAUGGACCAAAGAGAUACACUAUUGGACGGACCCUCAUCCCUCGUUACUUCAGCACGGUGUUUGAAGGAGGAGUGACGGACCUGUACUACAUCCUCAAACACUCCAAAGAGUCCUUCCACAACUCCUGCAUCACUGUGGACUGUGACCAGUGCACCAUGGUCACCCAGCACGGCAAGCCCAUGUUCACCAAGGUGUGCACGGAAGGACGUCUGAUCCUGGAGUUCGCCUUCGAUGACCUGAUGCGGAUCAAGACAUGGCACUUCACCAUCAGACAGUACCGUGAGCUCAUCCCACGCAGCGUCCUUGCCAUGCACGCUCAAGACCCUCAGGUUCUGGAGCAGCUCUCCAAAAACAUCACCCGAAUGGGUCUCACCAACUUCACCCUCAACUACCUCAGGUUGUGUGUUAUCCUGGAGCCCAUGCAGGAGCUCAUGUCCCGACACAAGACCUACAGCCUCAGCCCCAGAGACUGUCUCAAAACCUGCCUGUUUCAGAAAUGGCAGCGGAUGGUGGCACCACCAGCGGGACAUCCACAGAACUUCAAAACGGAAAUUUUCCCCUCAAAUCACAAAAAAGAGCCCACUCGACAGACCACCACGAAAAGGAGAAAGAGAAGGAACUCGGCCAGCAGCGCGUCUAACAGUAGCCUUGGCAACAGUGCGGGCAGUAAGAAACGGAGCCCAGCCAACAGCUUCAACCUGACCAGCCAGGUACCUGACGUGAUGGUGGUGGGUGAGCCCACCUUGAUGGGUGGGGAGUUUGGUGAUGAGGACGAGCGUCUGAUUACGCGGCUGGAGAACACGCAGUAUGACGCCACCAACGGCCUCGACGACGAUGACGACUUCACCAGCUCGCCGGCACUCGGCAACAACAGCCCGUGGGCCAGCAAGCCGCCCCCAGGCCAGGACAGCAAACCCGAGAGCACAGCCUCCCAACCCUCUCAGUAAAGAGACACUGCAUGCAGUGCUGCCUCUGCGCCAUCAGGGUGGCGCUGUCUCUCUCUCUCACACACUUUCACUCUUUUUUCUUUUUUCCACCAACAAGAUGUCGAAACCUUCUCAGAAACCAGUUUUUUAAGAAUGGCUGUUCCACUGCCUUGUGAUGCCGUUCUCCCACAGCUCACUGCAGUGUCGUUUGAUACGACUAAAAGUAAACAGCCUUUCAUUGUAAAAAACUCUUUAGUCUGAAUAACAGGUUGACAUGUUACAUGCAGUAAAUUCAGCAUUUAAAGGCAAAACAACUUGAAAUGGUUGGCUACUGCGCAGUUUGGAGAGCAAGCAUGCUAACUAGCACAAUAGCUAGUUUACCUGAAGUUGUCAGCGAAUCUAGCUGACGUUUUAACAAGUUACAGAUCACAUUCUUUAAAAACUUACUAAAACUUUUUGUGCUUUUUCUGUAAGGGAAGGCUUGUUAUUUGAAGCUGUGUCAAACCUGACAGGUUUAGUUUUGUACAUUGCAAUUCCUCCAGCUAAUAAUGAGAUUUAACUAAAAUUCUCCACAAAACACUCAAGACUCGGUUUGUACCUGAAACACAGAGAGUUGGGGUUUCGACUUGGACUUACAUGAAUCAAUCUGUGAACCUCUGUGCUAUAUGCUAACAUUGCUAACAAGUAAUGAAGUUAAUAUUGCCAGUUAGCAAGAUGCAAAUGAAACCAUGCUAGCAUGAUUUUAUUUAUAUUAUGCUAACUGUCAAUUUGCUUCACGAUAAAUACCUUUAAUUUCUUGUUAGCAAGGUUAGCAUGUUAGCAUAUUUAUUUUGUACUUCCUUUGAGGACCAUUUUGCUUGUGAAGCAUUAGGUUGUGUUUCCAGCUGUGAUGACCCUACUAAAACCCCUAAGACCAGAAUGAAUUUCAUGCUUUUUAACCUUGUCUAGUGCUGGCCUGGGGCUAGUUAAACUGGGUCAUGCUGGUUGACCACCACGCCGGCUUCCAAAACACAACAAAUUCUGGUUCUGCUGGUCUGUGCUGGUUUGUCUAGCAGAAAAAUCAUGUUUUUUUGAGAUAUUUUCCAUAAAAAUGUGGAAAAUAGAGGUUCUCUUAUGAACUUCAUGCUGUCAUGACCCUUUAGAUCACCAUUCCUUAGUUCCAGACCAACAGGUUAAUGGGACUGGAAUGGCUCCGAUUUUGUGGAGACGUGUGGAACAACUCAAGUUUAGGCACUGGCACCGAGUUGGUGGAAAAAAGGCUUGUUUUUUUCUGACCUCACUUUCUAUCCCAAUGAUGUAAUUCUCCUGUCAUGAUUUCAAUGGCAUUGUCCAUUUUCUCCAGAGACUUUAAUUUCUUUGCUUUGGGCAACACAUUGAGAAGCUCAUCAGACUAAACAAUGGAUACUUCUAAAAAUGAACUGAAAAAGGAAAGAAUGCCAUGAAAAGAGAAGCCUGCACUGAUGUGUGAGAUGUUUUGGGGGACUAAAGCAGCCCAAAGCAGCAGCAUAUAAACUAUAGACGGUCACCAAGGUAGCAAUACAUCUCCAUGGCGACUGCAGUUUCCAGCGGCGCUGGACGACGGCCAAUCACAGACGAGACGGGUGCUGUUGGUUGUCCUCUCAUUGGAGAGCCGCCGAACUCCAAAAGCAGCCGCUGAGGCUGACCCCUUCACAAUUACAUCGUUUUAGGUUCACUCAGCUUUAUUAUUAUCAUCAUUUUUUCAUUCUUCUUCAGUUACUUGCAUUCUUCCGACACAAAGACGUUCCUCGUCUUUUGCUCUUGUUUGAGGGGGGAGAAGAGAUUCUGCAAUUGUGUAAAAUUUACAGUUGUAAUUUUACCAAAAAAAAAAAUUAUUUUGUUUUCUGGGUCUAACUGUGUUAUUUUUAAGGACGUUGUGAAUAUUCUGUGAUCUCCUUGUACUGUACCAAUGAGGUUGGGACUCGUUCUCCGAUCGAAGGCACAUAUUGAAAAGCAUAUUCGUCCAAAUCUUACCUCUUUAUCCCUUUAACAACCUGUUCCCAGACUGGACUGUAACACGUUCCUGCAUGAUGUUUUGAAAUCUGUAAAGCAUUUUCUGUUCAUUUCCCAGGUUGGAGGCCACGCUGGGUUCAGUUCAUCGGUUUAGGAAAGCUGUCAGAAGGGUUGUGGCUGUGUAAAUAAAGACGCCGUCCGCUCUGUUGGAUCCUGUUGAAGGCCACUGACCCUGAUGUGUAAAGGCAGCUGUUUUGAUUGACUUCAAGUUGGCAGUGUUGUUAGAGGCCUCACCAGUGUGCACCUAAAUAAGAGACGUCCUUUAAUUAAGCGUAAAAAGCUUAUCAAUUCGGGAUCCGGUGGCUCUGCACAAAUAGAGGCUUUGUGUAUUGUGUAAAAUUUCCAGUAACAUCAGGCUUAAAUGUGCAAAAGUAAAGAAUUUAACAGUGAUGAUGAUGAUGAUGGUCAGAACGGUCUGUACACAGCCAACCAAACCAUGUAUUUUUGGGUCUGUUCCUUUUGUCUUUUAAUCGUUUUUACAAUUCAACCUUUUUUCCCCUAAAUAACUUAUACCCUGCUGUAUUUCCAAGACCAACAUAAUGGACGAGACUUCUCAGAGUUCUCAGAGGUCUUCUGUUCCAAUCUUGUAUUACUAGAACUCUGCACUCUUUGUAUAAUAUUUAGCAGAGCUGUUUUUGUGUCAUAUCCAAAGUCUUGUAUGUAUGCUUUGCCAUUUUGUGUGCCAAUAAAACGUGCUUACAGGACGCA